UUUUUUUAUAUGCAAACUCGAAAACCCAAUUUUUAAAUAGGGCAAAAAAAAGGUCAAAUUGUAUCUCUAUGAAGACCAUUUUUGACACUUUCUGGCUUAGCACUUGCAGAAAAGAAACCCCAAAACUGGAGAGAUGGCUCUACUGUUCACCAUCAUGACUCCUCCCCCUACUCGUCUCUCUUGUCAUUCAUCUUCAACUUCUUCAGUGUUUGCUCACUCAUUCUCCAGGUUUUGCAACGAUCCCAUUGCUUUGCAAGCAAAGUCACAUAUCAGUUACUAUAUUCGAGCACCCUUUAUCUUAAAAGAGAGGUGUGUUUUGAUUGCUGAGGCAGCAUCUGAUAUUGAUAGCGGAGAUUCUGAUAAUCUGGAGAGUGAUGAGGAAAGUUUGUCUUUUGAUAACCUGCCAUUGGAGUCUAAGCUUCAGCUGAAGCUUGAACAGAAGAUGAAAAUGAAGUUGGCAAAGAACAUCAGAUUACGAAGGAAGAAACUUGUCAGGAAGCGCCGCCUUAGGAAGAAGGGGAGAUGGCCACUUUCAAAGUUGAAGAAGAACAAGAAUGUGUAGUCUUUACCACACAAUUCACCUUUUUGUAACCUUGACAUCAAUGUCUUCAACUUGUAAAUAAACAACUAAGGGUUUAAUGGUAUAGAUUUGGUGCUAUUAGAGUCUCUACUUGUUUUAGUUGAUACUUAGAGAAGGCUCUUGUUAUUCCUUAUAUAAUGUUGAUUCUGAAAUAUUUACAUGGAAGGAACACUUUGAGACAGAUAUACUGUCAAUCAACAAGUUGUGAUUUUGUGCUAA